GAUUAUCUUGUUUGGUCGGGAUUUACUGCGGCGGCCGGUGGAUAACUGACGGCACAGCGUUAUACUGCUCCGGCCUAGCUUUGUACUCGCGCGAAAACUUGUCUAUUACCAGGUGCGAACGGCUUGUUGAUGAUGCUUAGCAGUAGUCGAGCAGUUCCGCUUUACGAGGUCUUGUUUCGCGAGCUCAGCGUGGAUGUAAGGGGGGGUGCUGGCGCGGCUGCAGUCGUAAUCAGGGCACGUACAGAAACGCGUGGGUGCCCCGCACCUCGUCUGGUCUACCUUCCAUCAGCAUCAUCCCCACGAGCAGUGCUGACCAGGAUUAUGAGAGCAUAAAGCUGACGCCACUCGACCGCAUUGUCAUGGCAACAAAGGAAGCCGUGCCGCACAUUGAGAUUGACAAAUGGCUGCUGUCGCUGGGAAUGACGCAGUACACGCCCAUGUUCGACAGGUUCUACGGAGUCGAGGUUACAAGACGAGCAUGCCGCGUAAGAACUCGUCGUCGUCCUGUUCGUCGUCAUCGUCCAACUCUAACGACAGCGUCGCCGAGAUCUCGCAGCAGUGGGAGACGUCGGCUGAGGACCUGAAGGCGGAGCUGGAGGCCGAGCUGCGGCUAGAUAGCAACGACAUCCGCAGUCACGCGUGGUAUCACGGCAAGAUCACGCGCCAGCGUGCAGAGUGCCUCGUCGCUCACGACGGUGACUUCCUCAUCAGAGACUGCAUAUCGCAGCCCGGAGAGUACGUGAUGACGACGUGUGUCGAUGGCAAGCCCGUACAUUUCCGCGUCAGCUCGGCGAUGGUUGGCCAGGGCCACUACCCACGAAUUCAGUAUCACUUCGAAGAGGAGCGAUUCGACAAGCUGCCAGAACUAGUCAGGUACUAUAUCGGCAACGGAAAGCCGAUCUCGGAAUCGUGCGGCGCGCGCAUCUCGCAGCCCGUCAACCGCACGAUGCCGCUCAGCUACUACGACGCCAAGUACGGCGUGCUGACGAAGCGACGUGCCAGCUCCUCCUACUCGAGCUUCCAGCCCAAGGUCGCCGCCUUCCAGAACGGGGAAGCCUCCCUGAGGGCAGCCGGGGGGAAGCCGCUCGUGCGCCGCAAGUCUCUCGGCGCGAUCGCCGGCCUCGCGGGUAGCGGGCUGAGCUUGCGACGGGAGGAGCUGCUCCCAGGCUCCUCCCCCUCUCCCUCCGCCGGGUCCUCCCCGCCGCGCCCCAUACUGAAGGUGAACACGCGGAGAGAGGCGAUGGGUCUGCAGCACACGGCGUCGCUGGGGAGGCGCGGCAAGCAGUGGAAGGAGGAGGAGAUGGAGGAGGGGAGCGGUGGAGAGGAGAAGCCGGGGUCGGCGAGGAGAGGAGGCUCCCCGCUGCUGCGCUGCUACAGGAGUCUGCAGCGCAGCUCGUCGCUGAAGGAGUGCGGUGGCAGUCUCUCGCCCGCCGCCAGCCCGUCGGGCAGCCCCGUGAUGGGCCGCGCCAACCUGCCCCUGUCGGCCCUGGCGGCAGCCCCACACUCUCCACUAGCUACCCUAAAUGGUGCACCUAAGCCUGGGAAGCUCACCCUUAACGGAGUGACCCCGCCAGGAUUGAAUGGAGCGACAGGCACUGUCACCCUCACCCCAGACUCUGCCCAGCAGUCGCAAGCGGUGACACCUAGCGGCAGCAGCGGGCAGCCAGCGACACCUGGUGACGGUAGCGGGCAGGCAGUGACACCUGGCGAUGGUGGCGGGCGGGCGGCGACACCUGGCGGCAGUCCGUUCCUGCAGCACCGCGUCAUUCCCGUCCGCAAGGUGGCGCUGCCGAGCUUCGGCAUCUCGCGCUCGGAGAAGGUCGAGCGCGUGGCGGCGGGCAGCGGUGGCGCCCUCUCAACGCCGACGACGCCGACGUCGUUCGGUGGCCGACCAAUGACGGCGCUCUCGACGCUGGUCUGCACGCAGCCGGACCUCAUUGCCGCCGUCGCCAACGUGGUGGCGCCACCGUCGUGCGGCCCCCUGGUGGCGCCGGCGCCCAACGCGACGAAUUCAAAGUCCCUCCUCGAGCGACUCAAGGAGAAGAAGCUUGCCAAGCAGCAGCGCACCGAGACGCCAGGGGGUGCCACCGCCUUGUCGCCCGCCGACCUCAGCAUCGAGACGGCACCGAGGGAAAGCGAGGGGGCGCCACCGCUGAUGCGCUCAGGCAGCGAGCCGCUGCGCAGCCCCGCGGCUGCGACGGCGGGGGUGCGCGCGUUCCGCAUGCCGUGCCUCGGCUCCGAGCCCGACCUGUAUUCACCACCAGAUGGCGCCCCGCCGAAGCCGUCGCUGCCGUCGCCGUCGACAGUGGACGCGGCGCUGACGGGUGCGCGCGCUGAAACUACGGACUAUGCAGACGUUGACUACAGCACUGCAGGAGGAGGUGGAGGAGGUGGAGGAGGAAGUGCUAAGCAGUGCGAACACACCUGCCUGAGCCUGAAGACCGCCAUCGCGUGCCGCCCCGACCCUCCCACGCGCACCGCCGCCCCAGACCCCCCGCCACGCGAGGGCGCCACUGUGAUAACGAGCCAGCCACCGCCGCGCUGCCGGCUGCCAUACGGACGCGCGCGGUCGCCCGAGCGCGAGCGCAGGCAGGUGGCGCUACCGUACAAGCGGCCGGUCGUCGGCGACAAGUGCAAGGAGGCGCCACCGUUGGUCGGCUCGCUGCUGCGCAACAAGGAGAUCACGAAUAACGUGAACACACAGAAGGAGAUCACAAACAACAUGAACAUACAGAAGGAUGUCAUGAACAACGUAAACACACAGAAGGAGAUCACGAACAAUGUGAACACACAGGAGAUCACGAACAACGUGAACACACAGGAGAUCACGAACAACGUGAACACACAGAAGGAGAUCACGAACAACGUGAACACAAGGAUGGAGAACAAGAACAAUGUGAAUACGACCAAUGUGAACACACACAAGGAGAUCAUGAACAACGGGAACCCACAGAAGGAGAUCACAAACAAUGUGAACACACAGAAGGAGACCACGAACAAAGAAAACCUCAAGCUGCCGCUGAACAACAACAACUACUACGAGCCAAGAAAGCAGCAGCGCCACCUGGCGGUGCCGCGCGGCGACACGAUCGCGCUGCGCUACUCGACGCUGAAAGACGGCGAGCCGCCAUCGUUGUCGCUGUCACCAGCCGCCGCUCCGUCGCCGCGACGACGCUACUCCGACACUCGCUUCUCGAUCCUCGACACACUGACGCCCUCUAGCGAGAACGACUACGCCGACGACGACGGCGACGACAGCGACGGUGGCGCCCUCACGCCGAUCGAGAUGCCGGACGCGUCGGAGGCGUCGCGCAUCGACGCGGCGGCGUUCGCGUGCGCGUUCCUGCCCGCCGACAACAAGCCGCUCGCGCCGCGGCCGAUGCUCGAGGUGCGGGAGCUGCUGCUGCACGCGACGCCCGUCAAGCUAGCGCAGCACCUGACGCGCUGCGACGUCGACGCAGUGCAGAGCGGCGUGCCGGCGCCGAGGCUCGGGCUCGGUGUCACGUCCGGGUUGGAGCUGAUCACACUGCCGCAGGGCGGUCGCAUGCGCCGCGACCUACUGGAGAGAUCCCCUCGCUCACGCUCGCCCCCUUCCUCUUCACAGAUCGCGCGCCUCGCGCUCACCUGGGGGCGCCUCGCGCUGCGGCACGCCGCCGCCGCCGCGACGUUCGACGCCAAGCUGCGGCCGCACCUGAAGAACCUGACGAGCGGCGGCACGAUGGGCCUGCACGACGCCAACGUCUCGAUCCCGUUCAUCUGCCCGCUGCUGCAGCUGCUCGAGACGACCUCUGCCGGCGACCUCAUCGACGCCGCCGCCGACUGGGACCUGUCGAUGGACGCCGUCGCCGCGCACCUCGCUGGCGGACGCGUCGUCGCUCGGCAGACGCCUGUCUACCGCAGCAACGCGGCGACGUACCUGGGCGGCGGCGGCGGGCAGGUGUAUCGCGACGAGCUGCUGCAGGUGUUCCGCAGCGAGAUGCACCUGCGGCUGCUGUUCGGCGCGCGCGGCGCCGACGCCGAUCGCGCGGUCCGCUACGCUAAGUUCUCGCUGCUGCUCACCGUCAUGUCGGACAAGCUGGAGCCCUGAAGGUGGCGCCGCCGCGAGACAUGUCGGACAAGCUGGAGCCCUGAAGGUGACGCUGCGAGACAUGUCGGACGAGAUGGAGCCCUGAAGGUGGCGCUGCGAGACAUGUCGGACGAGAUGGAGCCCUGAAGGUGGCGCUGCGAGUGCGCGCAGCAUAUCCGACAAGCUGGAGCCCUGAAGGUGGCGCCGCCGCGAGACAUGUCGGACGAGAUGGAGCCCUGAAGGUGGCGCCGCGAGACAUGUCGGACAAGCUGGAGCCCUGAAGGUGGCGCUGCGAGUGCGCGCAGCAUGUCGGACAAGCUGGAGCCCUGAAGGUGGCGCUGCGAGCGCGUGCAUGUCGGACAAGCUGGAGCCCUCUAGGUGGCGCUGCAAGCGCGUGCAUGUCGGACAAGGUGGAACCCUGUAGGUGUCGCCGCGAACAUGGGUGUAGCACAGAUUAUUGAACGAACCGAUUGUGUUCAAUAUGUGGUGUUUUUCAUAUUGUAUUACAGAAUUUUUAUCUUACGAGUUAAGCGUUGAUUUUGUAAUGAAUAAUCGCACGUUUUUUCGUAGCCGUUUCACAGAAGUGUAUUUCAAUCCGGCGAUCGAUGAACGGGGAUUUCACGAGUACUUUCUUUUCUGUGCAAGACUUUCGCCUUCUGUUGAAGGAAGCAAGUUUCCCUCAUGCGUGGUGACAUCACGGCAUUUUACGAAAUUCUUUCUGUUCGUAUUUUGUUAUAGACGUUUUAACAUGAAGCCGACUGCUGCCGCGGUAACCGCUCACAGCGCCACCUAUUGCAGGAAGCGAGCAAUUCAAUCUCAGAGCGUAGAAUACAUUGCUUUAGUAUUAUCGUGAUGAAUCGACUAGUUAGUGUGUAUUGACUCGAGUCAUAUAUAUAGACGUGGCCAUUUAAAAUAAUUUCAUCAAGACCACUACCAAUAUUCGCUGAAUGAAAUAAAUUCGUAUUUAUGAUUUUUGUAAGAAUUUUUCAAAAAAGCUUAAUAUAUUGUAUGAUCUAUUGUAUUGUGUACAUAAAAUUGUUCACAUAAAUUCUAAUAA